AUGUCUGGGGAAGGGUGUGGUGCCGAUGAGAACGCUUGGGAGGGCAGUGGGGAGGAGACGGAUGAGGCGAGGCAGCAGGAAGAAGGGUGGGGAGAGGAUGAGGGCGCGUGGGAGGCGGGGGGUGAGGAGGAGGAGGAGGAGGAGGAGGAAGCGGAAGCGGAGGAAGCAAAGGAAUGGUGGAUUCAUCACCCUCGGCCGCAAACUCCCAUGAUGCUGCUAGAGUGGCAGGAUCUGGUGGUGGGGGAGAUGGGCGACGAGGAGAAGGAGGCUGCGGGGUUCUGGAGAAGUGGACGGGUGCUGGGUGGGGGUGCUGGUAGUGGCAGUGGAUCGGGCCAGAGGAGGAGGGAAAGUGGGAGUGAAUGGGGCGAUGGAGCAGAGAGUUGGAGGGAAGGUAGCAUGGAGUGUGACCUGGUUGAGGACAGAGCUUGCUCCUGUCCCGUGGCCGUGGCCUUUAUGUGGUGA